AUGUUCAAAGGUCAUGCCGAGGCUACCACCAAAAUGUUUGGAGGAAAGGGUGGUGACAAAACCAAAUUCAUUGAUAUAGAUUAUCCGAACGAGUUUUUGACGGGCAUAAGUGGGACCGUGGGGCAUUAUGGCCAUGAAAAUGUGGUGGCAUCCCUUGAAAUAGUCACGAAUCGUUGCAAAUACGGACCUUUUGGAAAACAAGUCGGCACGCCGUUUAGCUUCCAUGCCGAGAAUGGAGUCAUAAUAGGCUUUCAUGGCCGGGCAGACUCCUACAUGAACGCCAUUGGCGUCUACCUUAGGAAGGUGUCCAUGAAGAAGGAUUCGGAAUCCAAUAAGGUGGCAGUGAAGAAGGAAUUGGAAGACAUUGAAUUCCCAAUUCCUUUGCCACGACUCCGCGGAGCUCGGGGCAAUAUGGAUGGAGGUAGACGGUGGGAUGAUGGAAUCUUCUUCAAAGUCAAGGAAGUCUACGUUCACUUAUGUGUCGAUAAGGGCAUCGAAAUCAUAUGUGGUGUCCGGUUUCUUUACGAGAGAAAGGGUGGUUUUGAUGUUGUUUCUCCUUUGCAUGGUAGCUCGCAAGGCACUGAAUUUAUGGGAAACGAGUACAGGAGCUCAGGUGCUGCAGAGAUAUCCGUAAGGUCGUGGGGGGGUCAAUUUGGAAAUCCUUGGAAUUGGAGGGCUGAAUCUGGAAUAACUCAAAUUAGUAUCAGUCAUGGCGAAAUAAUCGACUCCAUCGUGUUCAAAGGCCAUGACGAGGCUACCUCCAAAAGGUUUGGAGGAAAUGGCGGUGAUAAAACCGACACCAUUGAUAUUGACUAUCCGUACGAGUUUGUGACGGGCAUAAGUGGGACCAUGGGACAUUUUUACGACAAGGGGAAAGUAGUGACUUCCCUCAAAAUAAACACGAAUCGCUGCAAAUACGGACAUUUUGGGAAGGAAAGUGGCACGCCGUUUAGCUUCAAUGCCGAGAAUGGAGUGAUCAUAGGGUUUCAUGGCCGAGCGAACACCUACAUGAACGUCAUUGGCGUAUACCUUAGGAAAAUUAUGUUACCAAUGGAGUCGGACAUUGCUGAAAUCCCUUUGAAACAGUUUGAUCGAGAAUAUGAAAUAGUUUGA